AUGACAUGUGUACAAUUUGUUACAAGCUCAGAUCGUUUGUCUUCACCUAGCUGCAAAUGGGACAGAACUGGUGUAAUCAACAUGAAUACGAGGUAUCCCGUGGCGAUUACCUGCGAUUUACUGGUAAUUUAUAUACUUACCAUUUACACUGCUCCUUUCGAAAAUGUCACAAACAGAUCCUCCCUGUUUUUUUAUCGCUCUCUUUACGAUAUCUUUGCAUUUUUCCUCUGCUCUGUUUUGUGCAUUUCAAUUAGGGACUACUGCCAGCCUUGGACGAAAUUAGGCCUAGGCGUUUUGUUUAUUGUGACACUCCUAGGCUCGCUAUUUUCUUCGUUCUCGUUGCUGCUGGUAUUAAAAACUGUAUACACUGGCGGUACAUUCACCUUACUACAUCACGGGAAAAAUGAGCACUAUUCGGUGACCAAUCGGAUUGUUUUGGCUUCUUUCAUUUUGUUCUUUAGUUGGAUUUUGUCGUUUUUGUUCUCCAUUGCUUGGUUCUCCAGCCUGGUAGGAGAUCAGAUCGACGAAAAGACACAAAAAGUGUCAACGCAUCAAUUAAGCGACUACAAGAUGCUUGAAGCCAUUCAUGGACGGCCGCCAACCUAUAAAAACGCUGUUCAUAAUGAAACUUUACAGUAA